ACAGACACCGAGGAAAACAAAAGUCCAAUCAGUUACCAUAGCAAUAUGCACCACAAAUAAAGAGGAUUGACGCAUACAUAACAAUCGAUGUAGAAAUUGUAAAUUAAGUCGUAAAUUCUCAAAAUAGGAUAGUGCGCUAAGAGAGUACUGCUUAUUUCGCUAUAAUAAUUUGGUUGUGACUUGUAAUUUGUAGAAUUACCCAAUGGAGAACUCGGACAGUAAUGCUUGGGUAUUCGAUUCACUCGUUGGUUUCCUGCAUGGCCCAGUGUGGAAUGUACCUUUGCAGAAUUUCAUUGAAGAAAAAUCCCUCCCAUUUGAACCGUCUGAUGCAGGCGAAGUCCUCGACAGGCCCGAAUACAAGAAAAUUCACAUCGAAUAUCGUAAUUUGGUGGACGUAAUGUUGGGUUCGUUCAUGGACGACAUCGGCAUAACUGCAGACCAAUUCGAAGCAGCGUGUCGACUAUCAGCGCGCGACCUCGCAGGCCUCCCUGCCCAUUUUCACCGUCGCUUGUUCGAGCAAAUCUGGGCGGCUAACGAUUACGAAAUGUUCGUCAAAAUGAUGACACAUAAGAAUGUUGAACUUCAACUACAGGCUUUAGAACUUAUCGAACGUCGCUAUGGUGCCAUGCCUAGCUUAUUCACAGCCGAUCCUGAAGACUUGGACUCAUCCAGAAGCGAUGAAAGUGAGCAAUGGCCUGAUAACGAUGACGUCAUGACGGAGAUUAAAAAGUUGCAGUUAGAAGAAAUGGAGUCGGCAAACGAGAUAGCCAGUGUACCUCCAGAAGAAAUGGUAGCUGAAAAACAAACACUGCUGUCUAAGUUGCACAGCUUUGAGAAAAAGGAAGAAAGGAGCUUGAGCAAACAAACCACUCCAGAGGCAGAGAAGAAAACUCCUGUCAUUGAACCUCCAAAGCCGGCACCAAAGAAAAUAGAGGUAAGCGAGGAAGAAGUGCGAGUACGUCAGGAGUAUCUGAAACAGCAGCGUGAUAAACUACUGGCUCUGAAGAAGCAAGUUCGAGAAAAAAGACUUGGAGCAGCUGAGGCUGUACAGGAAUCAGGAGGUGGGGAAGGUUCACAAACAAGCGCAGCACGACCAUGUUCAGCCAAGGUAGCACAGGCAGCACUCAAGGGCGCUCCACCGCCGCCGCCACCUGAUGCGAUGCAGCUGCGUCGGGCUCUGGCCUCCAAAUUGAAAACUGAAGUCGUUGACACAAACCAUUGAGUGAAAUAGAAUACGGUUACAAAAGUUGUUUUUUUUUCAAUUUAUUGGUGUUAUUUGUUUUGUUAGCUAUUAAAAUGAUUCUCUACUUUCACAAUC